AUGGAGAGCCAGCAGCCACCGCAGCCCCAGCUCUCUCCUGAGGCUGUCGAGCAGAAGAUGGUUGAGGAGAGUGAAACGGCCGGAAUCCCUGCGUUCCAGUUCGAUCCCGAUGCCUCCCCAUCCAAGAAACUGGAACAGGUGGAAGCGGUCAACGGUACUUCGAGUGCAUCAAGCAAAGACCCCAAAGUAAUGAACACCGAUAAACCUGAAAAGCCCGCAGAAACGAACGGCGAACUCGAUGAAGCAGCCAGAUGGGAUCGCAACAGGACCGGCUGGGCUCCUCGCUUUCAUAUUCCCGAGGAUGACAUGGAUGAGGGAGAAACACUUUUGGACCACCAAACGUUCAUCGAGACAAAGCUGGAUGACAAAUUUUUCGGAGACUGGUAUCAUAACACUGCGGUCAUCAUUUUCUCUUGCCUGGCGUCAUGGGUAAUUGCGUUGCUUGGCGGAGGUUUGGGAUGGGUGUUCAUAGUCAUGGCCGGCUGCGCAACGUACUACCGCACCUCGAUACGUCGUGUUCGACGAAAUUUCCGAGAUGAUAUCAAUCGCGAGAUGGCGAAAAGCAAACUGGAAACCGAUACGGAGAGCUUGGAAUGGAUUAAUAGCUUCCUAGUGAAGUUCUGGCCCAUUUACGCCCCUGUCCUCUGUGACUCCAUAAUUAACUCCGUCGAUCAAGUCUUGAGUUCGGCCACUCCAGCUUUUUUAGAUAAUUUGCGCUUGAAGACCUUUAUACUUGGAAGCAAACCUCCUCGUCUAGAGCAUGUCAAAACCUACCCUAAAACCGAAGUCGAUACAGUGCUCAUGGACUGGAAAUUCAGCUUCACCCCAAACGACACCAUGGAUCUUACCGCUCGCCAGCUAGCAAAUAAAAUAAACCCAAAGGUUGUACUAGAAGUACGCAUUGGGAAAGCUCUUGUUUCAAAAGGCCUUGACGUGAUUGUGGAAGACUUCGCAUUUUCAGGCCUGAUGAGAGUGAAGGUGAAGCUCCAAAUCCCAUUCCCGCACAUUGAACGUGUAGACAUAUCUUUCAUUGGCCGUCCUGAAAUCGACUAUGUUUGCAAACCACUAGGUGGCGAUCUCAUGGGAUUCGACAUCAACUUUAUCCCUGGACUGGAAAGUUUUAUCAAGGAUCAAAUCCAUGGGAACCUGGGCCCGAUGAUGUAUGAGCCUAAUGUCUUCCCUGUCGAAAUCGCCAAGAUGCUUGCAGGCAAUCCGGUAGAUCAAGCUAUUGGCGUGGUUGCAGUCACCCUACAUGGAGCGCAGAGCCUCAAAAAUUCUGACAAGUUUGGCGGCUCUGUGGAUCCUUACGCAGUGGUCUCUAUUAAUAGUCGGAAUCCUCUUGGUCGAACGAAGACCGUUCACGAUACCUCUAACCCAAAGUGGAACGAAACAAUCUACAUCAUCAUCACCGCCUUUACCGAUUCUCUUACUAUUCAUGUCUACGAUUGGAACGAAUUCCGGAAAGACAAAGAGCUUGGAAUAGCAACAUUCCCCCUGGAGCAUCUCGAAAAGGAUAAUGAACAUGAAAAUAUGACCCUUGAGAUUUUAUCCAGUGGCCGGCUACGUGGAGGUCUUAUGGCUGACGUUCGCUUUUUCCCUGUCCUCGAAGCGACAACAGUCGAAGGUGGAACGGAGGAGCCUCCUCCGGAAUCUAAUUCUGGAAUUGCAAGAUUUACAAUUGAACAGGCCAAGGAUCUUGAUGGAACCAAGAGUCUUAUUGGACAGCUUAACCCAUAUGGUGUCUUGUUGUUGAAUGGCAAAGAAAUUCACGUUACAAAUAAGCUGAAGCGAACAAACAACCCGAUCUUCCAAAACCCCACCAAGGAAGUAUUAAUUACUGAUCGAAAGACGGCGCGAUUUGGUAUGAUGAUUAAAGAUGAUCGAGAUCUUGCUACUGAUCCUGUUCUCGGCAGAUACCAAAUGAAGCUCAACGACAUGUUGAAAUUGACGGAACAAGGUCAGGAAUGGUUCAACCUCGCUGGUGCGAAAACCGGCCGUGUUAAACUUAAGGCUGAAUGGAAACCUGUGGCCCUCAGGGGGAUAAUUGGUAGCGGAGGAUAUGUUUAUCCCAUUGGUGUCAUGCGGAUACAUAUCCAAAGCGCUAAAGGUCUAAGAAACGUGGAGACGAUGGGCAAGUCGGACCCUUAUGCUCGAGUCCUCCUCUCUGGAAUUGAAAAAGGCCGCACCGUCACUUUCGCAAAUAAUCUUGACCCUGAGUGGGAUGAGAUUUUUUACAUCCCGAUGCACUCUCCACGUGAGAAGCUUGCUCUCCAGGUUAUGGAUGAGGAAAGCCUUGGAAAGGACAGACCCCUCGGAAUGAUAGAGCUCUCCGCCUCUGACUACAUCCAUGAAAACGAGAAUGGCGAAUACGAAGUUGACGAUGAGAAGCAGCAGAUGUCAACUGGUCUCCGUAUUGCCAAUCACGGUACGCCUAAAGGUGUUAUCAAUUAUACUGUUGCUUUUUAUCCCACGCUUAAUGUAGCCGAUCCCGAGGAAGAAGAAGAGGAAGAAGCCACUCGCGCAGCUAUGGCUAGUGAGAUGCCCAUGGACGGACCGCGAGAGAGCCUCGAAAACGGCCGCCCAAAGCUUGAAAAUGGCACCAACGGCACCAACGGUACCAAUGGGACGAAAGCUAGUGCCGAAACCAGGCAAAACAGUGCGCCAAGCUUUGAUAUCGCUGCUUCAAGGGAGCCAUCAGCCAAUGCCUCUCAAAGUUCACUCAAAGCUUCAGCAGCUCCUAAAAUCCGCCUCACUCCACAAGACCUCCCUCAAUACGAGUCUGGAUUGAUUGUUUUCAAGCUCAUUGAAGGCCGUAUGGCGCACUCCAAUGUUCAACUUGAAGUUUUGAUGGAUGAUCACGUAUUCCCAUCCUAUACCUCACCUCGAACAAAAACUAAGGAAGCUGUUUUCGGCGAUGGUCAGCUUAUACCCUUCCCCCAAUCUAAUUAUUUUGAUUCUAACCCAACAAACUUGCUAGUUGGCGAUGCGUUUGUCCGUGAACUUGAAAUGUCAAAAAUCACUCUCCGACUCGUUGAAAAGACGGAUACCAAAGGAGAUGAGGAUGGGGAACAUGCUUUAUCCAAGCUCACCGGACCGACACUGCCCACUCUCCAACAAUGCCUGUACAAACCUACGGAGCUAACACUUAGAUCACCCGACGGUUCGACUAGCAAAGUCACUGUCAGCUUAAAAUAUAUUCCAGUGAAGAUGAAGUUGGACCCUAGAGAAAGUAUCAAUAAUAUGGGAACACUUCGUGUCGAUGUUUUGGAUGCUGCCGACUUGCCUUCCGCUGAUCGCAACGGAUUUAGCGAUCCAUACUGCAAGUUUAAGCUGAAUGGCAAAGACGUUUUUAAAACCAAGGUGCAGAAGAAGACUUUGCAUCCGGCGUGGAAUGAAUUUUUCGAGUGCUCUAUCAAGUCUAGAAUUGAUGCGAAUAUGAGACUCGAGGUAUACGACUGGGAUUUCGGUGACAGGGCGGACCACUUAGGUGGAACAGAUAUUAACCUUGAGCAGUUGGAACCGUUCCGUGCUACUGAAAUUUCGUACCCGCUUGAUGGGAAAUCUGGCGCAGUACGGCUCAAACUGCUUUUCAAGCCAGUGUAUGUGAUGAGAUCUCGACAAGGUUCCUCUACAUUCUCCGGCACAUUUGCCACCCCAGGCAAAAUUGUUGGUGCGCCAGUUAAAGGAGUGGGAUUGGUUGGUGGUGGUGUGGUUAAAGGUGCAUCAUUCAUUAAACACAAUCUCCUUCGUCUCGGUAGUAGCAAGGACGAUGAUGACAACAAGUCGAUUACUUCACCAGAACCAUCAAGAGGAGAUAACGUCGCAGUCCCCGCCUCGGAAAAUACGCCGAUCGACACACCGCAAAGAGCGUCAGUCCUAGUUGACGGAGCCGCGCCUCCAUUAACCCCGACCCAUAACUCCUCUCAGACACCACACAGCCGUUCUCGUAGCAUUGCCUCUCAAUUAAAUGAGAAAAUUGGACGGAGCGGUGGCGGCAAAGGCGAUACCGGGACAGCACACUUCACCAUUGUUUCCGCUGCAGGAUAUCCUUCCGGAGCCAAUGUGCGUGUCACAGUUAAACAGAUGACCUCCAGGGGCGCAAAAGAAGUGCACAAAACCAAGGCCAUAAAAUCAGCUCACCACUCUGGAACGUCCACUCCUACCACGACACCUACCGUCCAGUUUGACCCGUCCCAUGAAACUUUCAAAGUCUCUAAUGUUGCAGGGGACACCCAGUUCCAACUGCAAGUUAAGGAUCAUUCAACCUUUGGGUCAGAUGAUGUUUUAGGUGAGGCUCUCUUCUUCGUCGAUGAUCAAGGAUCUAGUGCCGGAAGGGAACACACCAUCAAAGUUGGCGGCGGUACAGUCACACUGAAAUCUUCGUUUUCGUCUGCUGAAACUUUGUCUCUGCGUCCUGGCACUUCUCAUUCGUCAACGGGCGAUAAACGAGACGAAAUCGACAGCCCAGAGAGGAAAUCGAGAAGGAGCUUCUUGGGGAAACGAUCGGUGAGCGGGACUGUGCCUAAUGGGAGCUGA